AUGUCGGUGAUGGACGCGUGGCUCGGCGCGGAGACGGGGCUGCUCAAAGGCGUGAGCGUAAGCCGGAAACAGGCGGUAAAUUUCAGCAGCUCGAGCUGCCUGGACCGCGCGCAGGAGGUGCGGGCUCUGAGCUGGGCCGGUCCCGGGGAGACGGAGCUGCUCGUAGGCUCGGCGGACGGGCUCGUGAGGACGUUCAGCGCGGAGAAGGGCACGUUCACGUCCUCGCGCCGCUGCGGGGAGCCACAUGAGGGCUGCUUCAGCGGUCUCCACGCGCUCGGCUCUGCGCUGGUCACGUGCACAGAGAAAGGAGCUGUGCGCGUGUGGAAGGAGCACAGUGACGUGCCCGUGACGGAAGUGCGCGCCGGGGAGCACGUGCACAGGAUGCGUCAGAGCCCCGUUGCACCUCACAGAGUGGCCACCGGGGGCAAGGAGACUCCUGUGAAGAUCUGGGACCUGGAAAAUCCAGACAAGCCCAUGUUCACCGCCAAAAACCUGCGCGACACAUGGCUUGACCUACGGCAGCCCCACUGGGUCAGAGACAUGGCCUUCAUCCCAGGGACAGACAGACUGGUCUCCUGCACUGGAUACCACCAGGUUCAUGUGUAUGACCCCAGCUCUCCGCAGCGCCGGCCCGUUCUGGAGGCUGUGUUUGGGGAGUACCCUCUGACCGCACUGUCCCUCCCAGUGGAUGGACACACAGUUGCAGUGGCCAACACUCAGGGACAGAUGGCGCUGUUGGACCUGAGAAAAGGCCUGGUGUGCGGUGUCCUGAAGGGGGCGUCAGGGAGCGUACGAGCGCUGCAGUGUCACAUGACCCUGCCCCUCAUCGCCUCCUGCGGCCUGGAUCGACACCUGCGCAUCCACAGUCUGCAGGACAGGAAGCUACAACACAAGGUUUACCUGAAGUCUCGUCUGAACUGCCUCCUGUUCUCGAGCAAUGACCCAAACGCAGAGGCCAAACCAGUGAAAGUGAAAGAGGAAGAGGAGGAGGAGGAUGAAGUGUGGGACAAGAUGGAAAGCGUGCACGAGGACAGGGGCGCGCACGAGGAGGACUGUGUGCACGAGGACAGGGGCGCGCACGAGGAGGACUGUGUGCACGAGGACAGGGGUGCACACGAGGAGGACUGUGUGCACGAGGACAGGGGUGCGCACGAGGAGGACUGUGUGCACGAGGACGACUGUGUGCACGAGGACAGGGGCAUGCACAAGGAGGAGAAGGUGCAAUAUACAAAAGGAAAAAACAAAAGGAAAACAGACUCUAAAACAGGUCAGAAAAAGACAAAGAAACAGAAGAACUGAAGAGACUGUAAUGAGCAUGAGACGGAGACAUUUUGUGCCUUUCAGGUUUGUCAAAAUAUUGAAAAUUAGAUAAUACUCGAAACCAAAGCUAGUAUCAAAAUUAGGGUUAGGCUCCAUCUGAUCCAAGUUAAGACCGUGAGCUCUCUGGAGUUUUAGCAGUGACUGGACACUUUAAUCUGCUGUUUCAAAGAGUUAGGCUCAGGACUAUCGCUGUUCCAUUGCUCUGGUCUUCUCGGAGUCACUGGGAGCACACACAAACAGGCCUGAGGUUUAAGAUGCUGAGAUGGCGCUGGUCAGACUCAGGAUUAUUUCUGUCAUGGAACAACUUCAGGCUUAAAGUUACCAUCUGCAAGUUUGUUUAUUUUUUCACCAGUAGCUGGCAGAUGAUGUUCCUAGUUUUAGCUCAGGAUUUCUGAAAUAAAAUCAUUAAAGUAAAUGUAAACUCUGGUACCAAUCCUUGUACCAGAGUUGAGAAUGUGUUUGUAUAUCAUCCAGAAUAUUCUGAUGUAAAUAAAAAGUACAAAAACUUC